CCGGGAGGGCGGCUGACCCUCUCCAGCCCGGGUCGUGUCUGGGCAGCGACCGGUCACUCUCGGGAUACUCCGGGCCCUCGCGGAGCGCGCAGCGGCUGCGACAGCACCCCUGACCCGGGACGCGCGCCAGGAAUCCUAAAGCCAAAAUAUUAGAACAAAAACAGAAACAUGGCUCUCCAUAUUACAUUUCUUUGGAUGAUUUUGGUCCUGCUUCUUCAGAAUUCUGUAUUAGCUGAAGAUGGGGAAAUAAGAUCAAGUUGUCGUACUGCUCCAACAGAUUUAGUUUUCAUCUUGGAUGGUUCUUACAGUGUUGGCCCAGAAAACUUUGAAAUAGUGAAAAAGUGGCUUGUCAAUAUCACAAAAAACUUUGACAUAGGACCGAAGUUUAUUCAGGUUGGAGUGGUUCAGUAUAGUGACUACCCCGUCCUGGAGAUUCCGCUCGGGAGCCAUGAAUCUGGAGAGAAUUUGAUGGCAGCCAUGGAGUCCAUACACUACUUGGGAGGAAACACAAGGACUGGAAAGGCCAUCCAGUUUGCCCUUGAUUACCUUUUUGCCAAGUCUUCACGAUUUCUGACUAAGAUAGCAGUAGUCCUUACGGAUGGUAAAUCCCAAGAUGAAGUCAAGGAUGCAGCAGAAGCAGCAAGAGACAGUAAAAUAACGUUAUUUGCCAUUGGUGUUGGUUCAGAAACAGAAGAGGCAGAACUUAGAGCUAUUGCCAACAAGCCUUCGUCUACGUAUGUGUUUUAUGUGGAAGACUAUAUUGCAAUAUCCAAAAUAAGGGAGGUGAUGAAGCAGAAACUUUGCGAAGAAUCUGUCUGUCCAACACGAAUUCCAGUGGCAGCUCGUGAUGAGAAGGGGUUUGAUAUCCUUUUAGGCUUGGGUGUAAAGAAAAAGGCUAAGAAAAGAAUUCAGCUUUCACCAACAAAGAUAAAAGGAUAUGAAGUGACAUCAAAAGUUGAUUUAUCAGAAUUCACAAGCAAUGUUUUCCCAGAAGGUCUUCCUCCAUCAUAUGUGUUUGUCUCCACUCAGAGAUUUAAGGUCAAGAAAAUGUGGGAUUUAUGGAGAAUUUUAACCAUUGAUGGAAGGCCACAAAUAGCAGUUACCUUAAAUGGAGUGGAUAAAACAUUAUUAUUUACAACAACGAGCCUCAUUAACGGCUCACAAGUGGUCACUUUUGCUGACCCUCGAGUUAAGACAUUAUUUGAUGAAGGCUGGCAUCAAAUUCGUCUCUUAGUAACUGAACAAGAUGUAACUCUAUAUAUCGACGAUCAACAAAUUGAAAAUAAGCCCUUACAUCCAGUUUUAGGGAUAUUUAUCAGUGGGCAAACCCAAAUUGGAAAAUACUCUGGAAAAGAAGAAACCGUUCAGUUUGAUGUCCAAAAGUUACGAAUCUACUGUGACCCAGAGCAGAACAACCGGGAGACAGCAUGUGAAAUUCCUGGAUUUAAUGGUGAGUGUCUCAAUGGUCCCAGUGAUGUAGGUUCAACGGCAGCUCCCUGUGUUUGUCCUCCGGGGAAACCAGGACUACAAGGCCCCAAAGGUGACCCCGGACAGCCUGGAAACCCUGGCUACCCUGGACAACCUGGUCAAGAUGGUAAGCCUGGAUAUCAGGGAAUGGCAGGGUCACCAGGUGUUCCAGGAUCCCCAGGAAUACAAGGAGUACGAGGACUGCCAGGUUACAAAGGAGAACCAGGGAGAGAUGGAGAAAAGGGUGACCGUGGACUUCCUGGUUUUCCUGGGCUUUAUGGAAUGCCAGGAUCAAAGGGUGAAAUGGGCCCCAAAGGAGAUACAGGAUCACCUGGAUUUUAUGGCAAAAAGGGUGCAAAAGGUGAAAAGGGGAAUGCUGGUUUUCCUGGCCUUCCUGGACGUGCUGGAGAACCAGGAAGACAUGGAAAGGAUGGAUUAAUGGGUAGCCCUGGUUACAAGGGAGAAGCAGGACCUCCAGGUGCUCCGGGGCAGGAUGGAUCACGGGGAGAGCCUGGAAUCCCAGGAUUUCCUGGAAACCAAGGAUUAAUGGGACAAAAAGGAGAAAUUGGGCCUCCAGGACCACUAGGAAAAAAAGGAGCUCCAGGGAUACCUGGUUUGAUGGGAAGCGAUGGCUCACCAGGCCAGCCUGGAGCCCCAGGAUCUAAGGGAAGUAAAGGUGAACCUGGACUUCAAGGGCUGCCUGGAGCUUCUGGGCUCAAGGGAGAACCAGGAGCAGUGGGUCCCCCAGGAGAACCGGGAUACCUGGGUUUACCUGGAAUUCAAGGGAAAAAGGGGGACAAAGGAAAUCAAGGUGAAAAGGGCAUUCAGGGUCAAAAGGGAGAAAAUGGAAGACCAGGGAUUCCAGGGCCACAGGGAAUUCAAGGCCAUCAUGGUACAAAAGGAGAGAGAGGUGAAAAGGGAGAGCCUGGUGCCAGAGGUGCCACUGGACCCAAAGGAGAAUCUGGAGUGGAUGGUCUGAUGGGGCCUGCGGGUCCCCAGGGGCAACCCGGGGAAGCAGGUCCUCAGGGACCCCCAGGACUGGAUGGGAAGCCCGGGAGAGAAUUCUCAGAACAGUUUAUUCGACAAGUUUGCACUGAUGUAUUAAGAGCCCAGCUACCUGUCUUACUUCAAAGUGGAAGAAUUCAAAGCUGUGAUCACUGCCAGUCCCAGCACGGCUCCCCUGGUAUUCCUGGGCCACCUGGUCCCAUGGGCCCAGAAGGUCCCCGAGGAUUCCCUGGUUUGCCAGGAAGAGAUGGUGUUCCUGGAUUAAUGGGAGCUCCGGGACGCCCAGGUGCCAAAGGAUUAAAAGGCCUACCAGGACGAAAUGGGGCAAAGGGGAGCCAAGGGCUUGGGUACCCUGGAACACAAGGUCCUCCUGGUCCCCAAGGUCCAGAAGGCCCCCCUGGAAUAAGCAAAGAAGGUCCUCCAGGAGACCCAGGUCUCCCCGGCAAAGACGGAGACCACGGAAAACCCGGAAUCCAAGGGCAGCCAGGACCUCCAGGCAUCUGUGAUCCAUCCCUGUGUUUUAGUGUCAUUGUCGGAAGAGAUCCCUUUAGAAAAGGACCAAACUAUUAG